AUGGGUUCAGAAGACAAUGAGCAUGGGACAAGUAGCCCUUCUUCAAGUUUCGUUCCAUGGGACCAGUGGCUCAUGACCAUAGCACUGAUGGUGUUAUGUGUUAUCUUGGGAUACUUUGUGUAUGAGGCUGUCAUGUGUACAGCAGCUGAGAUGCUACAUAAUCUGCUGAUGAUUGCACCUUUGGUCUUGAUCAUUGUGGUUCACUGGCUCUCCUCAACGCCUAACCGGUUCAGCAUUCCUCUGCCAGGGUCCGACCCAGAUGACAUUCAUCGAGCAGGCGGGUCUCCAUGGGGCAUAACCUUGGUUCUUGCUGUACUCUUCUUCAUCAUAUCCCACUAG